UUGAAUAGAGAGCCUGCGGAGCACUCUUUUGUUCAGUAGCGCUCAGCUGCUGGAGAGGUGAGCACCACUCUGGCUGGCGCUCAUCCACUCAUCGCUGCUGCUGAUUCGACAAGUCCCCGAAAGACGCAAGGACACGUCUCUGCAUCCAGGCGCACUGCACACGAAACGACACAGACCCUGUCUCCCUGUCUGACAGAAAUUCCUCGGACUCGCGGGGCUUUUACGCGUCUCUUGGAUGGUUCAGCUUCCCUGACUGUGGCGCUACCACCUGCACUGUAUCACACAGACGCUCCUGUAAAGCUGCGGCAUCGCUCUACAUUCCUGUAGACGGGACCUGACUUGAUCUGAAAGGUGAAGGUGCAGCAGGAUGCAGGGCUUACUGCCUGUUUGUGGACCGCAGCUCCUGCUGGCCCUCCUUCUGCUUCAAACUGCGGUCUGGGGCUUAACCAGUGCAGAUACAGUGGUGAAUAUGCGGAAGGUUACCCAUCAGACCAUAAGUGAGGAGCUUUCUAAAACAGUUCUGCUCCCUUGCCUCUUCACCCUCCGCCCCAGUGCUGGUUCAUUCCAUGAGCCGCCCAGAAUCAAGUGGACUAAGGUUUGGGGCCAAAGAGGCUCUGAUGGCCUGCAAAAGGAACAGUCAGUCCUGGUGGCCAAAGACAAUGUGGUCAAGGUGAAGAAGGCCUUCCAGGGUCGUGUCACACUGCCUGGUUAUAAUAAGAACCGCUACAAUGCCAGUCUCGCUCUGACUGGGCUGCGCUCUAGCGACUCUGGUCUAUAUCGGUGUGAGGUAGUGGUGGGCAUUAAUGAUGAGCAGGACACAGUUCCUCUGGAGGUCACAGGUGUGGUAUUCCACUACCGGGCCCCUCAUGACCGCUAUGCCCUGACCUUUGCUGAUGCCAAGAGGGUGUGCAUGGAGAACUCAGCGGCCAUCGCAACACCUGGUCAGCUGCAGGCUACCUUUGCUGAUGGCUAUGACAACUGUGACGCUGGCUGGCUUUCUGACCAGACUGUACGGUAUCCCAUCCAGUCACCACGGCCAGGUUGCUAUGGGGAUUGUGAGGACUCACCUGGAGUUCGUAACUACGGCAAUAGGUCCCCUGAUGAGCUGUUUGAUGUCUACUGUUUUGCUAAGCGUCUUCAAGGUGAGGUUUUUCACUCCACAGUGCCAGAGAAGCUGAGCCUUGCCACCGCCUCCACUCACUGCCAUUCCUUGGGAGCCCAGCUGGCUACUGUUGGGCAGCUCUUCCUCGCCUGGCAGGCUGGUCUUGACCAGUGUGAUCCCGGCUGGCUCGCUGAUGGCAGCGUUCGCUAUCCCAUCAACGUCCCGCGGAAGAACUGCGGCGGAGACGAGCCUGGGGUACGGACUGUCUACAACAACCCGAACCGGACUGGGUUUCCUGACACCGCAGCUCUGUUUGAUGCCUACUGCUACCGAGCCCACCAGCCAGCAGGGGUGCAGGCUGCGGAGCCACAGCCUUUGUAUCAGACACCUCACCUGGCAGCAGAGGCCAUGUCCUUAUUAACCGAAGCCCAGGAUAGUGCCUCUAUUCCUAAGACUUCCACCUGGACUGGCCUUGUUGACUUAGAUGAAGUACGAGUCCCGUCCAUUGCUGGAAUCAACAACUCAUCUGAGAUCUCCGAAGAGCAUGUGAUCACCCACUUAAGGCCUGAGGAGGGUUGGGAUGAAACUCAGGAUGGACCUGGAACGCCAGAACCCAGCCAGAAUGAGUCACACAGCUUAAAUAACAGCAAGACUCUGGGCGUUUCUGACCUUGAAACCUUCGAGAAGCAUGGAGGCUCUGCCCAUGAGGAAGAAGAUGGAAGCUACUUUGGAUCUGAGACCCCAACAUUAUCCUCAAUUUCUACUUCCACGCCCCAAGUUCAAACCAGUAAUAGUAUUCUGACUGACUUUGUUAACACUCUUAUGAGGCCUUUUAGAUACUGGACUCAGAGUGAGGAAGGCGAUGAUACAGAGAAAACACCCAUGGUGCCAGACGAAAAGACAACAAAUAACCAAACACAGGGGGAAGCGCCCAGCAGGAACCCAAGUUUUCCAAAACCCAGUGGGAAAAAGGGCAGCAUAGAUAAUGCCAUUAUGGAGCACAGAAGUGGCACUUUUUCUUUCAGGAGUCCGGUGACUGAGCUGCAGAACUCAGAAGAAGGUCUUUCCAGUGAGGAGAAAGAGGUGAUGCCAUUGAUUCAGUUAGUACCUGCAGUCCAAAGCACAGAGGCAAGUGGUACGAGCAGCCCUCCAGGAGAGAGAACAACGAGCCCCAUCGCUGACCACACUCAAUCUGCUGUUAAAGAAAUCCCUGAAUCGGAUCCCACUGAGAGCUCACCAUCCAGUGAACAUGUCAACUUCUCCAGUCUUCAGGGUCUCAGGCGACACCCUACCUUUGUUCCUGCUCCCAGCUCCCAGUUUCAGUGGGCCAUCAAAUCAAUGCGCAUUCCCAAACUAGGCCUUCCUAAAAAUGUGGGCUAUGUGGGUAAAAAACCCACCUGGGAGCCAAUGGAAGCUAAAGCAGGACCCAUUGAGAUGAUGACCCUGCCUACCUUCCUUCGACAGGACUACACAGAUAAUUAUUCAGGUGAAGGCAAAGAGCAGGAUACAGAGAAUGUCAAUACUCCAACUGCCAGAAGCGCAUCAGGAGAGGAGAAAGUGAUAGAGGGUAGUGGAGAAGGGAGCAACGUGGCGGAUGGAUUUGGAGUGAAAGACAACAAUUUGGACAGCAGUGGCAUCAAAGUGAUUACUGAGUCGAAAUCUUCACUCAGCCACAGUGAUUUUGCCACUGUGACUGAGCGCACAACUCUGUCCCACUGGCAGCUGGUGGAACAGCCCACCACCCCACCUCAGGUCUCCCAGGAAACAGAGUCAGCAGAGGAGGCUAGGGGCGAGAUCUUCUAUAUUCACAGGCCUACUGACAAGCUCUCAUCUACCUCCUCACACAGCGGGGAAGUUAGUUCAAACUCCGGAUUCACCCCAGUUUAUAGAAAAGACAGUAAAGAUACAAGCACUGAUGAGGUGAUGAUUACUGCACAUGAGGCUUUGAUAGAGAUGCUGACAACUUCUGAAAUGACGACGGCAGAGCUUCUGGGCAGAGAUGCACAGACAGUGGAUCCUGCUACCACAGCAGCCACUAUAGAAAAUAGAUCUUAUACAGAGGAGCCAUCUAUUUCCAUUUCAUGGGCUCAGGAAGACAAGGAGAAAGCUACAAGUUUCCCCAACAUGCAGGGCCUCUCAUCGACUCCCUCACCCGAAGGAGCAUCCACAACCACUUCUGGAGUCAUUCACUUGACUACUGCCGUAUCAGACAUCAAGGUUGCUGCUACAGAAAUGGAAUCCAGAUCUGCCGUUUCUGAGUCUUUUGUUGUGGGAAGCCAUUGGACGCCAUUCAAGGGCUUAAAGUCAGAGGAACAUAAAACCCCGCCAACAACAGAAGAUACUGGUACAAAGAAUCCUUUUGGCAUUCUUGUACCCAGCUGGGAAUUUGGGCUCAUCCCAUCAGUGGAGAGUAAUCCAUGCCAGACCAAUCCUUGCCUCCAUGGUGGAAGCUGCCUGCAGGAAGGGGAUGGUUACAGUUGCUACUGUCCUCAGGGGUUCUCUGGAGAGAGCUGUGAGAUCGACAUUGAUGACUGCCAGUCGAAUCCAUGUCAGAACGGAGGAACCUGCAUCGAUGAGAUCAACUCUUUUGUGUGUCUUUGUCUGCCCAGCUAUGGUGGCGCUACUUGCGAAAAAGACACCGAAGGCUGCGAGCACACAUGGAGGAAGUUUCAUGGCCACUGCUACAGAUAUUUCACACGCAGACACACCUGGGAGGACGCUGAGAAAGACUGCAGGGAGCACAAUGGCCACCUUGCCAGUAUCCACAGUGUGGCUGAGCAGAACUUCAUCAGAGGUCUAAGCCAUGACAACACCUGGAUUGGGCUGAAUGAUCGGACAGUAGAAGAUGAUUUUCAGUGGACUGACAAGAUGGACCUGCAAUAUGAGAACUGGCGUGAAAACCAGCCAGACAACUUCUUUGCUGGAGGAGAAGACUGUGUGGUGAUGAUUGCUCAUGAGAAUGGCAAAUGGAAUGACGUGCCCUGCAACUACAAUCUGCCCUACGUCUGCAAGAAGGGAACAGUGCUUUGCGGGGCCCCUCCAACUGUGGAUAAUGCCUUCCUGAUUGGUCGGAAGCGUACCCACUAUGACAUCCACUCAGUAGUGCGUUACCAGUGCGCCGAUGGUUUCCUGCAGCGGCACGUGCCCACUGCUAAGUGUCGUGCUAACGGCAAAUGGGACCGACCUAAAAUCAUCUGCAUAAAAUCCCGGCGAGCUCACCGUUACCGGCGCCACCACCACAAGACCAGGAGAGAGCGCAGAAAGCACAAGAGGCACAGCCACAGAGAGGGAGGCCACCACGGCAGAGAGGGAGGCCAGGGUCACAACCACGCCCGCUUCUGAACCAAAAAAACCAUCAUCCCCCCCCCUUUUUCUCCUCUGCUGCCAGCUGCAGUUUGCCUGUCUCCCUGUCGUCCCCAUUUCCCCAAACAGUUCUUCACAAUAACAGCCCAAAACUCUCUGACCAAGCCGCCUCCCUCCGGCCUUGUCCCGCACUGCAUUGUCCUGCCCUUAGCUCUCCAAGUCAGCCUGUAUCAUAGUCAACUGCAUCAACAGGACAAUAAUAAAUCCCUUUGUACUCUUUUUACUUUCCUUUCUCGGUCCGACGUUCUGGUCAUACCCUUGCUGUCUCUUACCUACCUUCUUUCUUGACCCACUUACUCUCCCCUCGAGCUCAACGAUGACCUGAAACAUGGGGCUACGCUGACCUGUUUUUAAAAAAAAAAAAUCUUUGAGAGCCACACUGAACAUUCUUCAGAGAGAAGUUCCUAAAUAGGGAUUACAUCAUUGAAUUUGCUGUAUCAAAAUCAGACGAGUCAAGGAAGACAUUGUGUUGUUGACUUGAGCCUUUUGUCUGUUGAACACAUAGUUAUUUUUUACAAAUACUCAGUGUUUAUUUCUUGACUCUGCUGCUUUUGGUUCGCUCUUUGUAAGGCAUUGUACUUGACUUAAAGCGACGCUGAGUUGUUCCGAAACAGAUUUAAUUGAUUUUCUUUCAUUCAGAAGCAGUUGUAGUUGAAUUAUUUUAAUUGUUAGCGUUGUAUCUUCUUGUCAGUGUGAGACCAUUACUUUAGAUCAGAUGCUUGACCCCAGAGGAAAAUGGAAAUCGCAUCCCUUCCCAUUGCAGUUUCAGCACAUCACAUCACACAUCAGUCACUUUUCAGAAGUGUUGAACAAUAUCAAACACCUCCUGCUGCGUCAUACAUCCACACCUGUCAUUGUAGAGGGGGAAUCUGAACGUUUGAUGUCAGCUUGUCUCAACUCAGCUCAGCAGUCCCGCAUUUGCUUUGUCUUUUUUCACAAUUUGAGCUGCUGUGGGAUUGUGUGUUGUGAAUUAAUCAAGGUGAUGCAGCAGGGUGAAGAGCCUAUCACGUAUCUGCUUCGCCUUUAUUUUGAAGGUUUACUGCUGUUUUUGCUGCAUUGUGUAUUCAACAAAAGUAUGGGUACAUUCAUAUUGGGGUGUGUCAGACCAAGGACUGCAUUAGCUAGGUGCAUAAGUAUUAUUCAGUCCCUCUCUGAGUGAUAUUGUCCUAUUGUUCAAUUUUGCAAUUAAUUUUAUGUAGACGUGCAAAUGAUUAGCAAACAUGGCAGUGAGAUCACACUUUUAUAUAUCACAAAAACACAGGACUUUCUUUCAUCAGGACAACAGGUCAAGAAAAGUAAAACGCUGAUUUGGCCAUUAAUACAGGGGGAAAUGUUGCUAUAGAAACAAACUUAAAUCUUCACUCCCAGGUAGUUUAAAACAUAUGUUUUAAAAGCAUCCACUUUUUUUAUCUGUUUGUCCAGCUUAUGCUACAGUCACACUAGGGAAAACAGGGACAACAAAAUUAUUGGGACAGUUUACAAUUAACUUGCAACCUCGCUGCCUUUAAAACAGUUGUUUCGAAGACUGAAAUCUGGCCCGUGACCAUUUGCACUCAGUUGCCAUCUUCAAAGUAACUUUGGUUUGACAAGACAGAGAUAAACUGGAAAUAAGCUUAUCCCAGGUGUUAUAUGGGUAGAGCCAGGGUACUCCGAGCACAUGUCCCAUCAAAGGGCUAACACAGAGACACAGACAACCACACCCUCUCACAUCCACACCAGUUUGGAAAAUCCUCAGAGGCACAGGGAGAACUUCCAAACUGCACGUAGACACCCACGCUCACCAUGAGGUUCAAAUCAAGAGCCAUAUUGCAGUGAGACAACAGUGUAACCACUGUGCCACAACCUUUUCAUGGCUAACAGUUCGGGAUUUGUUUGUCUCAAUUUUUAAACAUCCAGCCUUUGUAGGGCAUUAUUAGCAGUGAGUAGUUAAAAGUUAGCUAGCUGCCUGCUAGAUUUGUAUCAUUUCAUUAGGUUUUUAAAAAAAAAAAUUAUUAUUAUUUUACUGAAAACAGCCAGUUGCUGCUUGUGGAAAGAGUGCUGAUGAGACUGAACCAAAAAGUAAAGUUAGGGGCUACAAAGAUUCAAUCUCUCAGAUGCUCUGAAAAUAUUAGUGAUUUUUGUCUGUGUUUGUCACUGAAAUCAUAAUUUGAUCGGUUGUCAUAACACUGAUAUUCAGAACAAGGUUUAAAGAUUAAAGGACUGAAGAUGUACAUUUUUGUAGUGUAGUCUUCAGCCUUAACCAGCCCUCUGAAGCAGGAAGAAUUGAGCAAGUAGUGGGAAACAAGCACGACAACAAGCUGAGAUUGUUGCAUCAUGAAUCAGAGCUUUGUGCAGAGUAUGAGGAUGAAUAUGAUGCAGAGGAGACGGAGACAACAAGCUCUUGCUCGUCUCGUGUCUGUCUAUGUGGAUGCCGCAUGUGUGCGUUAUGGCUGAAGACGCCGACAAUGGCUGAGGUCCCAGUGGAUGACGAUAUAAAGGAUCAGCAGAGAUUAAGGCUUGCCAUUUCUGGAGUCUCGCAGCUGUUCACACCUGAGCUCGCCCCUGUCGUGUCUCCUCUUUUAAAGAGGGGAUUGAGAUGGAUAGAACAAGCACUUUGCUCCCUUUUUCUUCCCCUUUACUGCCAGGUUAAAUUGCUGUUUUUUAAAGCCAGCACUUGGGGUUAGAGCUUCUGGGAUUACACCCCAGCACUUUUAUCCCUCGUUUCUCUAUCUCGUUAUACUUUUAUGAUCACCACCUAUACACUUUAGUACCUUUCAUCUUUGUCGGGAAGUGGACAAUAAGCACACCUAAAUUCAGUUUAACUUGUUUUUUAGUGGAGAAAGCGUAGACUCAGGGUUUUCAGCAGCCUCUCGCGCAUCUUAUGAAAACACUAAACCAGGAUCGGGUUAUAUAAAGUCACUUGAGGUAAGAAAAUCUAUCCUGCGCACAUAAAUCCCCCCCGCCUUUGUUUAUCUCCCCUCACCUUGGCAAUGACAACGCUCCUCCACAUGGAGAAGAAUAGUGAUCGUAGAUCCCUGUAUCAGUUUAAUUAAUCUGCUGCAUGCCUAAUUAACAAGUUGCAUUAUCUGCAGAACCCCAGAGCAGCCAUGACAAGGGGAAGGUUUUGCUGACGGACAGCGAAUGGAAAGUAAAGAGUGACAGACAGGAAGCCCAAAGAACUGUCAUAGCUGUCAAACAGCUGUCACUCGAUGAUGUCAGACUGAGACAAACUUCUUUUUUUCUGUCUUUCCUGUAAAAUAGACUGAUAAAAGAAAGCGGAUGAAUAAAAGGGCAGACCGAAGACCUAAUUCAAAUCAGAGUUGACACACAGGGACGGUUUAAUUACAGCUGCGUAAAGGUUGAGCUGUGUGACAGGACUAAAUUUUAAUGCGAUAAAGUGAUAAGGAAAUGAAUACAAGCCAGCUUCUAGUGGUUAAUAAGACUAGACAUUUGGGUUUAAGGAGAGUCUGACGACUGUCAAUUUUUCAUUGCCUCUGCAGAGAUUUUUAGGCCUUCCAAACAAGAUGCAGAAAAUAUAUUUAAAUCUUCUAUCCCACAUGAGUUGAUAGGUUGAUAUGUGUGGAAUUUCUACUGAUAAUGUUCCAUUUUUUAUUUUAAAAAAGAGAUAAGUCAGAAGUAUAAUAGACAGCACAUAAAAGAUCCGUUUGAAUUUAACGCAGAGCUUCGCCCUCUGGACUGAGGGUAAUGAACAAUUUAGCUUUUGCACAUCCGCUGGGACUGAGCUGGUCUUUUAAAGGUGGUUAACCUUUCUCACCGGCAGAGAGGAGAAAAAAAAAUCUUUCAAUGAAUUCAAACAGCCACACUUUCCCUCUUGAAAUUUCAAACAGUGUCUGUCUCUCUUUGCUUUUGACUCCUCCUUUUAAUCUCCUCCACCCACACUCCUCUCCUCUUCCCUCGUCGGGCUUUCUAGUCAGAGCCCCGAGGGCAGGCAAACAGAAAGCGACAAACUCUUAUAAUUGUGAGUGUUAAUUAUGAAGAUGAAUGAGUUAACAGCGGUCUCUGCCAGCUGUCUCUUGGCUCAGCACCACGCCUCGGGGGGGAAAGCAGCGGGCAAAACGCUGAACGUCUUCGCAGCCAGAAGGCCUCUUCUCAGGCUUAGCCACCUAUCGUAAUUGUUACCCACUUACUGAGUUCCGCAUACAUGAGAUAAGAAUUGGAUUGAUGGGAGUGCAGUGGCAUCUUCUUGUGCUUGUAGCUGUGACUGUCUGAUUGCCCUCUGUCUGAAUGUUGACAGCGGGAGCGCAGCUCGGUUAAAUUUGUUGUACAUGUUUUUGAUGAAGCACGUGCCUAGUUGGAAGAGUGUGACCGAGGCGGGUGCAGCAGCCUUCAUAAACACCAAUGUAAUUUCCAGUGUACGUAGAGGAAAAAAAAUCUAAUAUCCCAGCAUGAAAUUGCAGAUAAUAAAACAACGUUACAAGAGAAAAUCUUUCUAGGAUGACGACUUGAAGGCAUAGUUCACCCCAUUAUCAAAUAUACAUGUUUUUCCACUAUCCUUCUCAGAUUGCAUAUGGUCUGACUUACCCAGUUCUGUAGUUAUCUGCAACUGAGAGAUGGCUGCCUUCUCUCUCUAGAAUUAAAUGGAACUUGUAAUGACAAACUAUGCAUUUGAAAAACAUGGCAGCAAUGUAUUUUCUUUGCAGAAGUCACCACCUGUUAAUUAUUUAAAAGAAACACAUCCUGUAUCAGUUUGUCUGCCAAACUAUACCUCUAAAUUAAAGGAAGCUGCAUUAGUAUUCAGCUGAAGGAUCAUUAAUGUUUACAUCCUGUCACAGUGUCAUGGGCACAACCUCUUGUCACAGAUAUAUGCGUGCUUCCUUUUGCAAAGUGAUACUGCUGGCAAGGCUAUCUUGAUUAUAGAAAAAAUAUUUCUGAGGAAAAGACAUUGAAGCUUAGUUUUUCAAGGCGCUUCAAGCGCUACAAAACCAGCGCCAUCGUAGUUCUGUUAUAGUCGAGAAAACAAAAACAGCUGUUUAAGAGUUUAACAUCUGUAAAAUUGGGCAACUCAUAGUGUAAAUGGAAAGUAUCAGUCACUUUGCACAUACCUCGAGGAUUGAUCAGUUAAAUGCCUAAUAGUACUGUGAUGCCUAUUAGUGUUAUAAAUGAAUUUUCUGAGGAAUGAUCAGAGCCAUUAAUCAUAUUGCAGCGAUUUUCAUUUAAAGCGCUUUGUGCAACAGGCUGCUUUCACCCAUUCAAACACACAUUUAUAAAGUGCUUAUUCCAUACAUAAAGCAUUCACACAUCUGCACUCACACACUAGCGAGACUACGACUAGGACACCCUGACCUGCAGACUGGAGCAGCCAGAGGUCAAAGUCAAGUCUACCGCCUGUUUGCAAUGGCAAAGAGCGUAUGUUUGUGGGGAUGAAGGAAACCAAGAACUUCUUUCCCCCAUGUAUUGUAACAUCUUUCUGUUCUCUGGACCUGAUGCAUUUGAACAGGACACUCAUCAGUCAUGACAGCCUGAUAAGAGCAUUAGAGGCUGUUGUCCUUCCUCAAUCACACGCAGACAGACUAUUGAUUUCGUGAUUAGGCUGUCUGUCCUGGGUUCUUAUUAAGUCCGUCGAUGGCAUCGGCGGUACAAUUGCAUUGACUGACUGCUGAGCGUUUUUUAAAUGACAGGAAAACAGACUGGUGUAGCUUAUAGCACUCCUAUGUGUCCAUAAGACACUCCAGGUAGUAUCCUGUCCCAUAUGCAUACUACUACUCUCAUAACUCCCCAUCUCAAUCUCAUAACUAUCUCAUGAGGAUUUUUUUUAAACUUUCGCCUCCCUCCUGAGGACUGCUGCAUCACUUAUCUAACAUAGUGGAAACCACACUGCUGGUAUUUGUAUAACAUCGCAGCUCUGUCUGAUGCUGAGUUGAGACAAUUUAUCACUGUAAAGAAAAUGGUUGGGAUGGAUGGAUGAAUGAAGAUAUGUUACAGUGGGAUUAUGACAAACGCAAAGCAGGAAGCAGUGAAAAUGCUCCCUUUUCUCCUCUGUGAUAUAAAUACUCAAAGUUUUUUGUUAGAACAAUCCAUUUAAACUCUGGGUGUGUUUGUUGUUUAGCCUCUCUGGGCCAUAUUCACACAGCCUCUGUGGAUGAAAAACCCAUCGCCUGCUUUCUGUUCCUCUCGUCAGCUCACACGCUGCUGGUUUAUACCGCUGCAACAGAAAAACAAGAGGCGCUCGGUCAACAGGAGAGAUGGAAGCAAAGUAAUAGUUUGCCAAACUGACAAACAUCACUUCUUUGGCUCUGUUCCCUGCACAACACUUCAGUCUGUGUGUGUUCGUGUCGACUGUGAGCACAGACACAAUAUCGCUGACGCUGGGCUCAUCUACAGCUGUGUGAAUGUGGUCCACAAGUAUUUAUCCAUAUUUAUUGAUGUAUGUUCUUAUGAAUUCCAGUCCUGUCCCUGUAUUAUAUUCUUUACAAGACAAAUGAUCAUUAAAGGAAACCCUUGUUUGGA